UGAGAAAUUAGAAAUUACACUCUCCAUAUAAUUAAACUAUACUAACUAUAUCUAUCCAAAUGUCGCUGGGACAAAAAGAUACUAAACUUAUAGAAUUCGGAAUAUCAUCAAUUCAAUCAUUAAUACCGAUUGAUACGGAAUCAUGUCGAGAAAUUAUCAAUUAUUCAUUAAAUUUAGGUAAUGACAAAUUAAUUCUGGACCAUUUACUAGAUAUCCUUGGAGUCAAUUCUGAAGCAUUAUCAUUUAUUGAAAAGUUUAUAGCUUUGAAACAAGAAUCUGAAACCACUCCUAAACCUGUAUGGAAACCAUCAGAAGUGGAGAAGUCAUCUCAUAAGCAAGAUCAAUCUAAAGUAUCUAAUAUCAAACAUAAUAAAUCUUCAGUAACUACUUCACAACUUCUAGAUAAACGUCUGCCAGUAUCUGUACCAGUACCAACACCUUCCAAAACAGCUAAAAAUAAGAAACUUAGAAAUCUAAAUAAUCUUAAGGAUAUUGAAGCUGCUAUAAAUGAAAUAGAAUCUACACAAGAGAGUACUAUAUCAUCAACUGGAGGUAUACGAGUAUGUAAUUGUUUAGCUACUAGACAUCCUUUAUUUGAAUUAGCUCCUAAUUGUUUAAAUUGUGGGAAGAUUAUAUGUAGUAAAGAAGGACUUCAGCCUUGUUCAUUCUGUGGAACUCCACUAUUAAAUUCCGAUGAAACUAAAAGUAUACUUAAUGCACUUGAACUGGAAAGAGAUGUAUUACUUAAACGGAAUGGUGGAGAAACAAAGGAUGAUCCUAAAACUAAACCUCAUAGUAAACCAAAGAAAAUUGUGGUUUCUGUAAAUAAAGGUGAAAAUCUUUGGAAAGCUCAAGAAAGAGCCUUUAAAAUGGCUGAAGAUGAAUUUAAAAAGCUGAAACAGGCAAAGGAAGAAGAAAAGAUAGAGGCAGAAUUAAAUAGAAUAGAAUCAAUUGAUUCAAUAGAUCCUGAUCUUCAAAAGGCUACUGAAAGAUUAGAAACAUUACUUGACUUUCAAGCUACUGGAGCUGAAAGAACUAAGAUUAUUGAUAAUGCAGCCGAUUUCGAUAUGCCAACAGCUUCCGGAACAAUGUGGUUAUCACCAAUGGAACGAGCAUUACAAUUAAAAGUAUGGCAAAAGGAAUUAAAAAAUCAAGAAGCAAAGAAAAAUGAAAGAACUGGUAGAGGUGAUAAAUCUGUAGAAAUGGUUAUUAAAGAUGGGAAAGUUACCAUGGUUGAAAAGUAUCGUACUCCAAAGGAAAAUGAUUCAAAUGAAUUAAUAGAAUUACAUGAAGGAAUUAAAAAACAUAAACAACAAGCAGAAAAAUCGAAUUGGACAUAUUGGGAUUAUGAAAAGGAUAAAGAAAAAUGGGAUAAACCAGUAUAUGUAGGAGUUAAUCUGGUAUCUACGGGUUCUACCGAAUUACCUAAAUCAAGAGUUCAAUUUCAAAAUCCUACAAAUAGUGAAGAAUUAGUUAUAGCAUUACCAUAGUAAUAUA